ACGAAGCAAAAGAUGAGCAAGGCUCGGCGAGGAAAGCCCGUCAGUGAGGAGACGAAGCAAAAGAUUAGCGAGGCUCGGCGAGGAAAGCCCCGCGAGGAUCUACGAGGAAAGCCAUUGAGUGAAGAGACGAAGCAAAAGAUUCGCGAGGCUCGGCGAGGAAAGCCCCUGAGCGAGGAGACGAAGCAAAGGAUAAGCGAGGCUCGGCGAGGAAAGCCCCUGAGCGAGGAGACGAAGCAAAGGAUAAGCGACGCUCUACGAGGAAAGCCCCUCAUUGAGGAGACGAAGCAAAAGAUGAGCGAGGCCCGGCGAGGAAAGCCCCGGAGUGAGGAGACGAAGCAAAGGAUAAGCGAGGCUCGGCGAGGAAAGCCCCGCGAGGAUCUACGAGGAAAGCCCCGCAGUGAGGAGACGAAGCAAAAGAUCGGCGACGCUCUACGAGGAAAGCCCCUCAGUGAGGAGACGAAGCAAAAGAUGAGCGAGGCUCGGCGAGGAAAGCCCCGCGGGCAUCUGCGAGGGAAGCCACUCGGCGAGGAGACGAAGCAAACGAUCAGCGAGGCUCUACGAGGAAAGCCCCGCGAGGAUCUAUGA